CAUCGCUGAAGUACGUAUACUGACAUAUAUGUAGCAUAGUUUUUGUCUAUAAUUUUAGUUCAUGCUUAUUACUUAAUGUUGACAAUUGCAUACGUCUUUGAAAGGAGUUUCUCUUUUGAAUAACCUGAAAUUUUCACCUGAUAGACAAACCUCAGGGAAUACUGUGAUCCAUCUUAAGAAAAACAACAAACCCAGGAAAAGGGAAGCGGAAGAAUGGGCUAAAAAGUGUAAAAUAGCUUAAAUAAACAAGUAGACAUAUGUGUGAAAGCAGAAGAGCUGUUAAAAUGUAGUAUUUUCAGAAAUUAUCCGCGUCGAAACUUACCGGAAGAGGUAAAGUAAGCUGUAAUCGGCGCUAGUAGUUAGCUCAGUUGCACAAAAAGACGCUGCAGCGUGCAGCGACCCGAAACUGAUGACAAGAAAGUGUUAACGAGCAGUUUGUAAUGAUCAGAAAGGGUUUCUUCCAGUUUGUGCCAAAGCUACCGUGCUGUUUAAUUCCAGGUAAAAAAUAAUUUCAGAUAAUUACUUUGGCUACUUUUAGCUAACCCUUAGCGCACCUGUGUAUUCACAGGUGCUUGUUUCACACCAAAGCGAGUUCAUUUUAUCUCUGCCUUCCCUUGCGGGCCUCUCGUUUAAGUUCUGCUUUUUCCAAGCUUCAGCAUUGUGUCCGUGCACCAUAUCUGAUUAGGGAACGCAUCUGGAUUUCUCCACACUCCUCCUCUCUUUACCGUGAAAUGACCUGAUCCGAGUUGACCGGUUCCCCUGUCUAAUAACAAUGGCAACAAUAGCCUGGUACCAAGAAAAGAUCGGGGCAUAUGAUCAACAAAUCUGGGAGAAAUCUCUUGAGAAAGCCGAUCUAAAUGGUUUGGACAGCAAACCAAAGAAGACGGGGCACAUCAAGCCAGACCUUAUUGAUGUUGAUUUAGUAAGAGGAUCUACAUUUAGCAAAGCCAAACCAGAGAGUCCAUGGACAGCGCUGACUCGAAAGGGUCUGGUCAGAGUGCUGCUGUUCCCGUUCUUCUUCCAGUGGUGGAUCCAGGUGACCUCCAUGUCCAUCUCCUCAUGUAUCCUCAUGCUCUACAUUAUGCAAGUGGCAGCGGUGCUGCUGUACUUCGAGGUCCCUAGGGCGACUGCCAGCGAGGUGUUUGGACCCAUGUGUCUGAUGCUGCUGCUGGGUACCGUGCACUGCCAGAUUGUGUCGACUGAGUCCAGCCGGUGGCCCUCAGGCAGUCCAGCUGCCAGCAACACCACCAGCCCCACGCGCAGAAGGAGGCCAAGAAAGAACAGAGGGUUGAAGAAAUCUGAAGAAAAGAACAACAGUGGGGAGGCGGAGCUGCUGGGCUGCUGGCAGUUUGAAGAAAACCAGCAUUUAUACAGAAAAGAGGAGAGAAUGAACAAAGGAAAGUCAGGAUUUAGGGAUUCUGAUGAGCUCUCCAGUGAGGAAGAGGAAGGAAUACAACCACUGGAAGUAACGCGAAUACCAUUUCACAAUGAAAGAAACCCCACUACAGCUCCUGCAUCAAUAUCGUCUAUUCGGAAAAGAAACCACAAGUCUGACCCCGUAAUUACACCGAGGCCUCAGGACGGGAGUGAAGCCUUCAUCAAGGUGAAGCCCCGUGAGGUGGAGCGUCUCAGGCCGAGCGUGGGCUCUCGUCCUGCCUCCGACACCGAUGACACAAUGUGGGAGGAGCUUCUCCAAGGCCCUCCCUCCACAGGGAGCAGUGACAGUGACGAUAGUGGGAGGUGCAACGCCAGCAUGAGCCUCCCACAAAACGACACUCUGACCAGCGAUGACGAGGAUGAAAGCCUACAACAAGCAAUCACUGGAAGCCAGCUGUCUUGGCUGCAGGCAUGUCACCCAUCCAAGGAUCGUGUCAGUGCCAUCAUUUGGGAGCAGGGCGAGUGUAAGAAAGCAGAAAUGUCAGUACUGGAGAUCAGUGGGAUCAUCCUCACACGGGUGAAGUUAGUAGAGCAGGGAAUGGGCUAUCUCGUUCUUGGCGGGCUCAUCACUGUCACUCUGGCACUGCUGCCCUUUGCCUUCCGCUUGGCUCAGCGUCUGGACAUGUCGGGCCUCAGCUCCCUGCCUCCGUCAGAGCUGAUAGAAAUAGCAGUGGGGCCGUUAAAUACACAAGCUUAUGCCUUUUUCUUCAUCACGACAGUGCAAAGAAUCUGCCUCACGGGGCUGUUCUUCUUCAUGAUGUGCGUGGCUGAGAGAACAUACAAACAGGUGAAUGGUGAUUCAGGAAAUGCACAUCACAAAAAUGUACUGUCCCAGAUCAAUUUGUAUCUCAGGAUGGAGAAAAAGCCCAAUAAGAAAGAAGAACUCAGUAUUGUGAAUAAUGUUUUGAAGCUAGCUACAAAACUAAUGAAGGAGCUCGAUACUCCUUUCAGACUGCUGGGUCUCACAGUGAACCCUCUGAUCUAUAACAUCACCAAAGUUGUCAUUCUCUCUGCUGUGUCUGCCGUAGUCAGCGACCUGCUUGGCUUCAACAUCAGACUGUGGAAAAUCAAGCCUUAAAGGUGAAAACUACAAACCACUAACAGUCAGACACUGGAGACUGCGGACAUCUUCUCAUCGCCGAAAAGUGUGCAAACCUACUGACACUAAACUCUGUUAUCGGUGCCUUCCAACUGAGCUUCAUCAGUCCU